CUGUGCUGAAUGCAUCUUGUUCCUACCUCCAUUUCUUAUGGCUACCUUGCUACAAAAAUAUUACAAUAUCCAGGCAGUCAAUUUUCAGAAACUUUUAAGUAGAUCAUCCUACAGUACCGUGUAAUUCUCAAUCAAUGAUAAUGUGAUUCCUGUCAAUAUCCGCACGGUUGGUGUGUGUGACCACAAAUGCAUGUGGAUUCUCAGAUAUUUCGAUGUACACCUGAUACUCAUGAAGCACUUAGGUUUGUAGGCUCUGAAGGUGAAAGCCUUUUGCUGUACGGGUUCACGUCCCUGACGCAGUCUUAUGUCUUUAGCUGCUAAUAAGAUUAUCUCUCAGUAGCAGGUAGACGGUUAUAGGGAGAAGAAUCAAGGCAAGUUACAUUUUAAAUGAACUCGCUUUUCCAAAACAUUUUUCAACGAGAGCGAAUUUCCUUCAUUACGAUGAGAAGCUGCUGACUUGGCAUGUUGCCUGGUAUCUCGCUGAUGUGCUCCCUAAAUCGCAGGUAGGGUUCGGACUCACAUUAGCAUUUAGCUCACCUGUACUCAGAGUUGUGCCAGGUGAAGGAAGGAGCUAAGAAAACAAGCAUGAACGUAAGCUACUGGGGCCAAUACUGGAGAAGUGUGUUAAGAAACUGGUCGACUUGUUGCAUUGUUUAACUACAGUUGGUCUCGGUGCUGCAUUUGCCUCUGACAAGAUAAUAACUCAUUUUUUUGCCCAGCAUUUCGGUUGUGGUGCCACCUAGGCUGUGAUCCAAUGUCUUGCUAAUUGUUAUGAAGUACGAUGAGUGUGCAGCAGUGUGACGGCACCGUAAAGGCUCUGCCUUUGAAAAGCAGGGAUGAUAGCAGUGAAGAGGACAGUGAUGAAGUCUAUUGGAUUUCUGCUUGCAGAUGCUCAACAUGAAAUUCUGAUUGCUUCUCUUAAUCAGCUCUCCAUUCUGGAGCGUCUGGGCCCAAGCAGUGAUGAGAUGACUGAAGGGGAAGUGGAGAGUGCAUUCUCUCAGCUCACCGUGGCCUUCCGCUGUGACCAGUACACGCUGAGCCAGCGUCUGCAGGCGGAGGAGCACGCGCGCAACAAGGCAGAGGAGAACCUCCAGCUGGAACUGCAGCGGGGCAAAGAGGCAGUGGAGGCCCUGAAGGACAUGUGUCUGGACAGCAAGCGCUACCAAUUUCUCCAGAAGCUGGAGUUAACCCUGGAUAUCCUGGGAGGAACCGUAGAGCAGGUAGCCAGAACAGCCGAGGUCCUGGGAGCUGUCCAUCAGGAGGCCAAAGUGAGCCGAGCGGUGGAGCUGAUGGUGGCCCACGUGGAGAACCUGCGCCAGCGGCACGACCGGCACUCCGUCGAGCUGGUGGAGACCAAGAAGAUGAUGAGCAAAAGCGCUUCCUUUGACCAGGCGCUGCCCGACCUCAGAGAAGAAAUUGAAAUACGAGUGAGGUCCAACAAAGACACAGGAAAGUUUAAUUUGCGGCGCAGAGUCAGUGCAUCUGUAAUUACAAAGGAGAGUCUAAGCCAGGAGAUCAAGAAACCAAAAGAAAAAGAGAGCAAGGAUGAAGUGAUAUCUGAAGAAAAGGUCACUCAGAAACCAGCAGCCCGGUCCCAGGUGACCGAACCCAAGGCUGACAGUAAUCCCAAGAUGGAGGACGUGGAGUGUGCAUCCGUGGAGGACAGACAGCAUGUUUCUCCAGUAGAGGGCGCCAUAGAUGCUGUUAUCGCACCGACCCCGUCAGACGUGUCUCCCAGUGCGUGUCCGGGGCCUUCAGCAGUCUCCAAUCAUGAUGAGGUAAUCCCACAGAUCCCCAACAGACCCUCCCAGAGAGCCCUAAGAAGGAUGCGAAGGAGCAAAUCCGAGCUGGAUGGGUACUCGUCCAGAGGAAAAAGAGAAGGGCACAGCCACAGUGACUCUGAAAUAAGUGCCACCAGCCCUUUGCCUCGCGUCAUUGGCAGGCAGCGCCUGGUAGUGCACUGGCUGGAUCACUGCCGCUGGAUACUAACCUGCGUCUACCUCACCAUUCUGGUCUCCAUUCUACUGCUAGCCAUUUUCUUCUGGUUCCUGCGAACGCCAGUUCUUUGGAUGUGAGCACACUUGCCACAGUUUACAAAAGAUUUCAGCAUAGGACAGGACUGUGCUGAAUAGCAAGAACAUUUUUAUUUAUUUCAUUUUAUUAAGUAUCAUUGACCCCCUCAGACUUGCAGGAAAAUGUACUUUAUGUUAUUAUUUUUGUUAACUCAUUGGUGUUAAAUUGGGCAGUGAUGUAAACAAAAUGAUUGAAUUAAUGUAAAUAAACUCUUUCAAGGUUUUGGAUAAA